UAAAAAAUAAAAAAUAAAAAAAGGCUUCUCCGGAGUUAUAGCAGUUUGGAUUUUGGAUUGAACUUUAAACCGUUUUGACUGUACAGCAUUUUGUUUUCCUUCCAUGGCUUCUGCUGCAUUGUCUAGUCACUCUCUCUUCUUCUCCCCUCGACUCUCUGCGUUUCAGAAACCCUCAAAAUCCCUAGAAUUCAAAAACCCAAAUCUCGAAUUCAUCCGUUGUUCUUCUCUCUGUAAAUAUACCUCCAAUCUAGGGUUUCCAAGCUUUGGUUCUUCUAUGGUUCCCCACCGUUCCAUUAAGUCCUUUCUCAGAGCCGGUUAUUCUGACUUCAAUGUUUUCAUGAGGCCAUUGCUCGAGAAGAGUCACAAGAAUUCAAGGAAGGCAUUAUAAUCCAAGAAGUUCGUCGGGGCUUUCUUAUUGGCGGUAAACUUCUCAGAGCAGCCAUAGUAAAAGUCUCUGCAGGCCCAGGUCGUAAGAAAACAUCCACCACAGCAGAGAAGUCCACAGAGCAACCCACAGCAGCAGUUGAUUAGUUGAUUUUUUUAUGCUCUUCUGAUAACAUUUUUGCUGCUGCUACUGCUACUGCAUGGACCGGAGUACCUCCUUUCUUGUAGACACAUUGUGGAUGAGGGUGUUGAAUUGGUCACUUCAUGUGGAGUUACUACUCGUAUCUAGGAGGCAUCACAUUUUGCUUGCUCCACGAGCUCUUAUCUUUACUGCUCAGGUUUUCAGUGUAUCUGGUGGGAGGUAGAUGCAAGUUCUGGGUUCUGCUUGGAGUAGGAGUAGGAGUAGGAAUGAGGGAAUCAGUGUCCUGAACCCCUCAACCAGCCCAGUUGUUUACUUGGCCUUGGCAUUUUGAGUCCCAUUCUUUUUUCUUUUCUUUUUUCAAUUUAUUGAGAAGCUUAUUAACCAGGCAGAAAUCUGCUUGGUUAUUCUAAGGUCCUGAGCAUACCUUAAUGCACGACAAUUCUGGUUAGGAUUGGGCAAAAGAAAGCAGAACUGGAACUUGAUCAUUCAUAUUGAUGCAAGAGAUUCUUAUGUUUAGGCCAGUCAUUCAACUAGUACUGUGUAAACAGGAGGAUAGAUUGGAUGAGAUGCUAUUAGUUAAAUAUUCAGAUAAGAAUAUAUAAA